UACAAUUUCAUUGGGUCUGGCCCCCAUGAACUAGCUCUUAGUGUUGGUGAUACUGUGCAGAUUGUAGAAGAAAGUGCAGGAUGGUACAGAGGAAGUAAUACAAGGAACAGACAGUUGAAGGGCAUCUUCCCCAAAGGUUAUGUACAUAUCAAGGAAGCUUUGGUGGAGACCAUUGGUGAAACACACCAUGAACGGGUGACACCCAAGGAGAUUCCAAUCGUUCAAGAAUUAACAGCAGUCCUAAGAGAAUGGGGGAUACUGUGGAAACAACUCUUUCUGAAGAGAGACAUAGAGAAGUACGACCUGGUGCACAAGAUGUUGUACGAGCUCAUCGACUGCCGACGACAGAUCAUGUCUGGGACUCUACCGGUGGAUGACAUCAAGGAGAUGAAACAGCAUGUUACAUCCAAGAUAGACUUCACUAACAGGAAGUUAGGUCUUGACCUUGUGAUCAGAGAUGAAGAGGGUAGCGUACAGAAUCCUACAAUGCUUAGCACGGUGGCGCUGCAUAGACUCCAUGAAGUGGCAACACAGAGAAUCAUUGGACAACAAGAAACUUCAUUCUUACAGAGGACAAAGAAGCAGAGCACUGUUUACACAUACAACCUGUACGUCAUGAUAAAGAACGUUGUAUGUAAGAUUGGUGAGAACUCAGAGGUGCUGAUGAGUCUCUAUGAUGGCAAAUUGUGUGAACACAUCAGUGAAUCCUACAUUGUAAAAUGGAGUAGUAAAGGCACGCCGACUGAUUUGAAUAAGCUCUACAACCUCAAGACUCUUUUCACAGAUCUUGGGGCGAAAGAUCUUCAAAGAGAAAAGAUCUUCCUCGUUUGUCAGAUCAUUAGAUUAGGUCGGAUGGAGUUAAAAGAAGGAGACCACAGCAAGAAGUAUACAACGGGACUAAGGAGACCAUGGGGUGUGGCAGCCAUGGAAAUCACUGAUAUCGUGUCAGGAAAGCUUGAUACAGAUGAAGAAAAACAGUACUUUCUGCCAUUCCAACCUUGCCCUGGUGAUGAUGGACUUGACAGUGUCAUCAGAAGGUUUGUACAAGCCAAAGAGGUCAAUCACAAAGGUCAAGGGAUAUGGGUCACUCUCAAAAUGCUGCAUGGAGAGGUCAAACAGGUAUACAAAGAAUACCCUCAUCUGCUUGAUAGCAAGACAUCAAUCUCAAGAAAGAUGGGCUUUCCAGAAGUCAUUAUGCCAGGUGAUGUAAGGAAUGAUGUGUAUAUCACAAUACUUCAAGGUGACUUUGACAGGGGAGCAAGGCCCAAAGCUAGAAACGUUGAAGUCAACGUAUCAGUGUGCACAGAGGAUAACACUAUUCUAGAGAAUGCAAUAAGUCAAGCAUCAGGAGAGCCUGCAGACUCCAAGUACAGGUCUGUUGUUUACUAUCAGGUCAAGAGUCCCAAGUAUAAUGAAAUAUUUAAGGUUGCUAUUCCUAUCGAUCAGUUCUGUAAGAACAACACCCAUGUCAGGUUUACCUUCAGACAUCGAUCAGCAACAGAAGCCAAAGACAAGCAGGAGAAGAUAUUUGCCAUGGCCUACCUGAGAUUGAUGACAGAAAUAGGUACAACCAUCACCAAUGGAGUACAUGAACUCAUCAUCUACAAGUGUGACAAGAACUUGGAAUCGAACACGUCAUACCUAAACCUGCCAUCUACAAGACAAGAACUGAAAGCCUACGAAGACAGGAAUCAAACGCAUGCAUCUAACCAUCAGAAGGGUCUAUCCAUAAGCAGCAAAGAUACGUUUCAACUAUCCACCGUGGUGUGCUCGACAAAACUAACACAAAAUGUUGAUCUUCUUGGAUUAUUGAAGUGGAGAGCUGAACCUGAUAAGAUUAGACAGAGUCUCGAAUCACUCAUGAAGGUCGAUGGUGAAGAGGUUGUCAAGUUUCUACAAGACACUUUAGAUGCUCUGUUUAGCAUCAUGGCUGAGAACCCACAGUCUGAAGAGUAUGACAGACCUGUAUUCAAUGCUGUGGUGUUCAUCAUAGGGUUAAUAGCAGAUAGGAAAUAUCAGCAGUUUAGACCAGUACUGGAUACAUACAUCAAUGAACACUACAGUGUUACAUUUGCCGACCACAAACUUGCCAAGGUAUUAAAGGACCUAUUAGACAGUGCUGGUGAGCUAGACAGUCCUACGCAGCUUCUCCAAGCUCUCAAAGCCAUAGAGUAUCUAUUCAAGUUCAUUCUCAGGUCCAGGAAACUCUUUGUGGCUUUGCAUGGUGAGGCAACGUGUAAGCAAGGGUUUGAGUCUUCCAUUCGAGAGGUCUUCCGCUCCCUCAACUGGUUAAUGACAUACACUGAUGAUCUGAUGGUUCUAUGCCAAGGAGCUGCCAUGAGGUUCCUACCACAUAUCAUCAAGGACACCAUGCAACAGUUCAUCCCUAAAGAGCUUGCCAUUCACCUGAAGGAGUUCAUCCUCAAUCUGCCUCCAGAUCGUCUUGUCAAACAGAAGCUAGAGUGCCUCAGAGACUUUGUCCAGAGUGAGAUCUUCAAAGUCAGAGAAUGCAGAGCAGUACUUCUGCCCAUGAUGACAGGUCAACUCAACACACUCAUCUUGAAGAGAGAAGAAAUGAAGUCAUGCGCUGAACUCUUCCAGGAGAUCCUUGAUACAUUAUGGCAGAAAGAAACGAAAUGUACCCAUGGUGACACAGCAGAAGUGAUGCAUGCAUUAUUGAGGACCGUUAUUCAAGCUGUCAUCUACAUGUACCUAGAGCAAGACCUUGGUCUCAUUGGCAAGUAUGUUGCUUGUAUGGUAAGUCUCCUGAGACAGAUGAGUGAUAUUCAUUAUCAGGAAUACAUCAAUCAGUUCCCAACCAGGACAGAUCUGACAGACUUCCUCAUGGAGAUAUUCCUAGUCUUCAAAGACCUUGUCUCUAAAAACGUCUUCCCCAAUGACUGGUCUAUGAUGAUCUUACAGCUCAACAGUGUAAUUCUUCUUGCGAUGAAGCAGUUUGCCCGGGUUCUUCAUCGCUCCUUUGUUCGCAUUGAGGACUUUGAGUUCCAGCUUUGGAAUAACUUCUUUCAUCUAGCUGUUGCUUUCGUUACUCAGGAUUCUUUGCAGCUUGAGAAUCUACUACAGACAAAACGGAACAACAUCAUUGACAAGUAUGGUGACAUGAGGAGAGAGGUCUCAUUUGAGAUAAUCCGUACAAUGUGGAACUAUCUAGGCAAGAACAAGAUCAAGUUCAUCCCAGGUUUGAUUGGUCCAUUCCUAGAGGUUGCCCUAGUACCUGAGGUGGAGCUACGGAAGGCUACCAUCCCUAUCUUCUUUGAUAUGAUCAACUGUGAGUUCAGCAUCAAGAAUAACUUCAAGAUGUUUGAACGAGAGAUCAUUGGUCAGCUAGACGCUCUAGUAGAAGGUGGACGAGGAGAUGAACAAUUCAAGGAUCUCUUCAAAGAAAUCCUGUGUGAUUUCUGUGGGAAGCAUCAGUACUUAAAUCAAAGUGGAGUACACUUUGUGAACCUGGUAACCAAACUGCUGGACAGACUACUGGACUACCGGGCUAUCAUACAUACAGACAACAAGGAGAAUAGAAUGAGCUGUAUCGUCAAUCUAUUGAACUUCUACAAGGACAUGGAUAGACAGGAUAUGUAUACUAGAUACCUCUAUAAACUCUGUGAUCUACAUCUGGAAUGUGAUAACUACACAGAGGCUGGAUUCACGCUUCAGCUACAAGCAGACAGACUCAAGUGGUCAGACUCACCGUUGCUGACAUCAAGUGACAAGUACCCGGAGGCGAUGACCGAUAGACAACUCAAGGAAGUACUCUACUAUGACAUCAUUGAAUUCUUUGAUAAGGGCAAGAUGUGGGAGAGGGGAAUUGCCCUGUGCAAGGAGUUAUGCAAUCAAUACGAGAGGGAAACGUUUGACUAUGUUCAGAUGAGUGAAAUACUGAGGCGGCAGGCUAACCUGUAUGAUAACAUCAUGAAGGUUCCGAGACCGUCACCAGAGUACUUCAAGGUCUGGUACAUAGGCCAAGCCUUCCCAGCAUUCCUCAAGAAUCGAGUGUUCAUCUACAGGGGGAAGGAGUAUGAGAGAUUAGCAGACUUUGUUGCUAGGCAACAACAGCUGUAUCCGAGUGCAACCCUCCUUAACAAGACCACACCCCCUGACAAGGAGCUCUUUGAAAAUAAAGGCCAAAUUCUUCAAAUCGUACCUGUGCAACCCAAACGAGAUACCAAGAAGGAAUUCAGAGGAAAGAACAUCAGUGAACAGAUUCUCAGCUACUACUCAGUGAAUGAAGUACAGAAGUUCACCUACUCUAGACCGUUCCAUAAAGAACAGAAAGACAGAGAGAAUGAGUUCAAGACUAUGUGGAUAGAGAGGACACAUUUCUCAACAGAGUAUAAGCUACCUGGCAAUCUCAGAUGGUUUGAGGUGGUAGAAUCAUGUACGGAAGAAUUGAGUCCGAUCCAGAAUGCCAUUGAGAACAUGGAAGACGUGAAUCGUAAGCUGAGGGCGCUAAUCAUCCAGCAUGAAGAAGAUCAGAACCUUCCCAUCAAUCCCCUGAGUCUCCAGCUCAACGGUGUCAUCGACUCGGCCGUCAUGGGUGGACCGGUCAUGUAUGAAAGGGCAUUCUGUGUUGAGGAUUAUGUAGCACAGCAUCCUGAGGAUAGCAUUCAUAUAUCAAGGCUCAAAGAGCUCUUUGCUGAGCAGAUCCCGCUGGUGGAAUUAGGGUUGACGUUACACAGGAACAAGAUGUCAGAGGACCUAAGACCCUUCCAACGAAAGAUGGAGGAUCAGUUUCAGAAACGAAGAUCGAUCGUUGAAGAGCGUUACGGCAAGAAGUUGAUUGAGCACUUUGCGUUGACACCCAACGACAAGUUAAUCCAGUCUUUUGCUAGACGACACUCAAGAGGACAGACAUACUCGGGGCGCCCUCUUUCAUCCAUGUCAACAUCAUCAACAUCUUCGGACACACAAGGUUCUCGUAGUAGUAUCAUCUCAAAUCCAGAAAAAGAUAACAGCUACCUAAGUGUUCCGCAGAAGCUGACCAAUAAACAUCGGUCACUGUCCAAUCAGAGCAUAUCAAGCAAGUCGUCAGACAGGCACAACAGCAAGGGACAGGGAAGCCCUAGUAGGAACUCACCGGCCAAGAUGCAUCGGAACAGUAGAGAUCUAUCAACAGAAGAUCUUGGUUCUAUGGCAACCACACCAUCCAAGGAGACACAGAAGCCGAUCAUCCUAGAUGAAAAGAACUUCAUGCCACUCUUUCAACAGGGUUUUUCUCUUUGUAGACGUAGGAAGUCAUCAAGCUCGCUUUCAAGUGCAAGACCAUUGAGAAAGGAUAUGAAGAAAGCUAACCAUGUUCCAAUGCAGAGACCCAUUAGAGCAAUGACUAUGCAUGCAAUGAACCAGUCAUCAUCUACGUCUUCUCUCCAGUCAUCUGAUGGGGACAGUGACGCACCCCCUAAGCUGCCCCCAAAGCAAUCCAGUGGUGAUUUCAGUCAUACCGAGGUCAUCGAUCAGAACAACCCUCCUCCAAAACCUGCAGGGUUUCCAGUUGCUUUCACCUCCCUCAAAGAUAAGGACCAGUCACCUCCUCCGCUGCCCAUCAAAGGAUCGUUAAACAACACACCUCCUAUCAGUAGAAAGGACUCAAAACCUUUGGACCAUAUACAGGAUUCCUUGACCAAUGAACCUCCAGAGAAACCCUGACAGAUACUUUCUGUCAUCCCGAGGACUUAAUAAGUAUAUGAUCUCUUAAAGGAAUCCUAGAUUGAACCUUCAAAGAAACAUCAAUAAUGCCUCUUAAUGGCUAGGAAGACAGACAACCAUAAGAUCACGGAAGGGCUCCUUGACCGAUAGAUAUCCGCAAAACCUUGACCAAAUUAACUAGUCGUCCUCAAGGAUUUACAGGUGUAUAAUCACUUGAAGGAACCUUAGAUUGAACUUCUGAGAAUCCUCAAAGAUGCCCAUUUUCAAUUAAAAGGAUAGAAAAACAAGACCACAUUGACAAAUCCUAGAUUGAUGGAGUACCACUGAAACCAAGAUAUUAUUAACAAGAAGGAAGGGAUCACUACUAUGUGUAAAGAUUCUUUACCAAUCAACCUCCACAAAAACCCUGACAGAUGCAUUCCGUAAUCAGGAAGGAAUAUGUCUCAGCUCAUAUCAAAGAAAUCCUGACCAAUGAAUCUCACCAGAAGUGUUGAGAGAAGUGUGUACUCAGUAGAAGGAAUGCUGACAGCUGCUAUCUGAUGGCCAGAAAGACAAAUCUUUAUGACCACACAAGAAAUCCUUGAGAAAUAGGCCUAUGGGCAUCUAUUAGAUGAACCUUAUAUGAAUCAAUAGGAAGUCUGUACAAUUUUCAGACCUUAUGCAAGGAGCCUUGAACAAUGAAAAUUUGAAAAAAAAACCUGUUAAACUCAACGAAUACCAUCAUUACCAGUUUUUGCCAAAUUAUGGCACCGAUAGAUAUUUCUUUCUUUUGUUGUAUUUACCAGGAUGGUACAAGUUUUGUGGUUUGAGGCAGAAUACAGUCAGGCUGAGAUUUGCAAGUCAUAAUGCUGCCAAAUGAAGAAGAAUAAAAUCUCCUUGAGACUUUAUAUUUGUUACUCAUCCUAAGGCAGGUCGCAAGUGACCUCAAGGCCGUCCUCGACUCCAUCCCUUGUUUACAGCUCUGAAUCAAUACUUGAAUUCUAUCUGUUAGAAUGUCUGGUGCUUUAAUGAAAUGAUGUCCUAUCAUAUGUACACCUUUCCUGGAUAUCCAAGUUUAGUCUCAAUCAUGUAAACCUUUUCUCAAUAAUUAGCAUUAAAAUCCUGUUUAUCCACAGUGUUUAAUGAUAUGUUACUUGUGACUGUAUCUUAUCCUAUUGGCAUUACCUUUGAAUAUAUUAUUCUUAUUUAUAUUAUAUGAUUUCAACAGCCAAUUCAAUGUAUUGAGAUUGAACAGUUAACAUGGAAUACAAAACAAAUACUAAAAACACAUUUAAACAAAAGUAGAAAUACUAUGAGUACCCGCUUGCACUUCUUAUUGGUUAAAAAUCAAGUUGCGUUUGAUUGACACUCUUUGUGAAACCGACCCAGGAUUGUGAAAACUUUAUUUAGGUAAAUCAGGCAUUGUCAAAAAUAAAAGCUUUGUUUUCAAAAGAAAAGCAAAAUGGCUUUAGAAUGUUAUAAUCAUUCCCAGGGUGCUUAAUGCUGUGAGAAGAGAAAACACCUUAUUGGAAAUCCCUGACUUGCCUUUCUAAAACCUUUGAAGACAAUGUUUUUGCACAGAAAAGGCCAUAUGAUAGACCUUGUUACAGUAUACAAAAUGGCUCAUUUUAGUUAAUUUUUCAGGUCUUCUAUUGCCGUUCACAUGAUCAUCUCAGAUAGAGAAAAGGUGACCUGAUGCACUGACAAACUACUUGUAACUUUAAACAACAUUAUGGUUGAUUAACUUGAUUUUCAAGAAUUAAGCUCUUCAUUUUGUUGAUAACAGUGGUGCAAUCAUUGCAGUUCUUUCCAGGUCCUUGUAAACUUGUAUUUUAUGAAGUGAUAUUUCUUAGUUUUCAAUCAGGUUUGAUAAAAAUCACAUUUUCUGCCUUAUUGCCUCUUUUUCUAUUUAAUAACUAUUGGUUGUUGAGGAAGAAAUUUGACAGUGAUAUAAUGUUCUUUCAUCAGCUGAUAACCAGGACCUCAUGUCACAAAGCUUGGCAAUCGAUUGUAAUAGUGGAUUUGUACGAUUGAUUGCAUAUGAUGAUCAGUGCAAUCAGUCUUACAAUCAAUCCCUAAGCCUUGUGUUACCAGCCAUGUAUAGUGUUGGACGGCACCUCAGUUUUCCCCUUUUCCCUUUGAUGAUUUAAAAAAACAGGGUCAUUAAGAAAGCCAAUACAGCAAAAAUAAAAUAUUACAGGUAAUUUGCAUCAAGCUGCAUUUAUGUAAUUUCUUGAAUGAAUUGUGCAAAUGUUGAAAAAAAUAUCUCCCAAUCUUAUGAGAUAAACUAUGUACUGAAUGAAAUCAAUGAUUAUUAUGUUAAUCCUUGUACUGUAUGGGAAUUAAUGUAAAUAUAUCUUAUUUACUGAACAGUACAUAAUGGUUAUGGUGCAGAGUAUUGUUUUUUUUAUAUGUGAAUAUAUUUCUGUAUAUGUAUUGCACAUAUUUUGUUCUUACUGCUCUGAAUGAUGCUCAACUUCAGAAGAACACAUGUAUUUUGAAAAGGGAUGUGCAAGAAAAGGAUAUUUAUAAUUAUAUAUCUUUAUGAUUCUGCUUUUAUUUAGAAAUAUGCAACUGGCCAAGGUCAAGAAUAACUCCAAUGGUUAGAUAUCUCUUUUGUGGAGGUAUUGUACCCGAUAAUGUGAUUAUGUGAGCAAUUAUCCAAAGAAAAAUAGGGAGAGGAUACGAUUCUCUUCCUUAUAUGCUCUUGAAGGUAAUAAUUUGAGUGCACCACAGAGUUGUGUAUAUAACAUGGACAGUUCACAUUAUUAUCAUUAAAAGGAAGAUAGAGAGGGAGCCAUAUUUGAUUUCCUCUAUUGUACCUUACAUUAUGACUUAGAUUAAUUCUACUAGGAGAUAUUGCAUAUGCUCUUGAUUUAAAUGAUAUCUGUCGAACAUGGUGCUGCUGUCCAUUAAAAGCCUGAACAGGAUAGCAAGAAGAGAAUUAUUUUACUCCUAACAUUCCAAAAUCUCCUUAUUUCAUUUGAUUUAUUGUUCCCUUUUUAUUUGUCUUUCUUGGCUGCUUUCAUGAAGUGUAUUCAUGAGCUGUGAUAUGCUCCUACACUGAUUGGAUAUGAUAAGAUACGUUCAGGACUUCUCCACCUCUCAUAGCUAUUUAAAUAAAACAUAGGAAUUAUUUCUCCGGUUAAAAAACAUGAUGAGUACUAGUUUUGUUAGAAUACAUGUGUGAUGAUUUUGAGAUCGUCAUUAUGUAAAUGUAAAUACAAUUUAUGAUAUUAAACUUUUUUAGCAUCAAAUAUUAUUAUACAAACUUAUGAUAUUGUUUACUGCUUUUGAUUUUGUAUGACUGUAAUAGUGUCUUUGUACAUUGUUAAGAUAUCUUAUUUAAAAAAAUAUUAAUAAAAUCAGCAUAUGAAAUGUGA